AAUCAGACGAGAAACUAAUAUUUUGAUUCGGCGCCAGAAGCUUACUAGGUAGUACUCAGUACUUUUUUAUUUCAUUCCUGUCAAUAGGUGAGUGAUAAAUAGAUACUCUUGGACUUUCUAACUUUUCGAUACUCAAGGCCAAUACUCAAACGAGGCAGGGCCAUCUUGAAAUUAUUCACUAUGAGUGAACCCAAAGAUAUUCCUCCCUUUAUUUCCACAAAAAACAUCCAGCAGAUCGUCUUUGGUGGGUCAGAUGCUGCUCCUGGAUCACCAAUUCCAUCCAUUACCGGACACACUGGUAGCCCAAUGGGAUUGCUCAUGGGUUCGCAAAAGAUCCGGGAGGGUUUUGAUUUGAUUGCUGAAGGAAUGGCAUCCGAGGGCAUCCAGAUACCAACUACGCCUAGACCCACAGAACGGAAAAGCGAUGCCUUAAAUCAGCAUAGACUUGACAGCGGGAAACAAAUCCCUCCAUUUGCUGCUAAUGCCAACUCCUUAAAUCCUGAUCCUAACCUUGAAAGACCUCGACGUGGUCCGGAUGAUCAGCCGCACCAGCAACAGUCGAAACAAAAUGAGAGCCUUCUUCAUCAAGCAAAGCUUUUGGUUGAGAGGUUCGAGCAACUAGCUGCCUCAAACGAACGUAACAGUGAUGCCACUACUAAGCUUACGGAGAAGCUCGGCGGCCUCGAAACAAAUUUAGUAUCCUUUGAUGGGCUUCUGAAAUUUCUCCAGCCAAACUUCCGUACUUUUAACCGCCUUGCUCGUGAACUUGUCGAUGGAAAGCCUACUUUUGCUGGCCUCGUCCAUCUUAAUCAUAGUUCCAAAUAUGACAAUAACCCAAGUGUGUGGCGUAAGCAGCACUAUGAAAUUCAACCAAUCAUCCUAAACUUGUGUCAAUUACUAACUAACCAAUAAAUAGAAGGUAUAACCCUUCACGCCCAAGAUCGACCAUUCACGGUCCGCGUCUUGAUGCAGAACAUUCAGACUGCUAUCUCGAAUCUUCAUCCCGAUAAACCUACAAAAGGUAUCGAGCUUACGGAAGUUUUUUUCGUCUGGGAUGAUAAUGGAAAGAAUGAGUAUCGCGGGGAUUUUAAUAGGAGUAGAUACAACCGUAUUUUGGGUCGAGGAGAGGCUGAUGGGUCUAUUCAGGAGGACGCUCUUGUCAACAAUAAUCUGGAAGCGAUGAUGGCAAGAGAUCAGGGUUAUAUUCAUGUCAAGUAUCUUCUUGAUAAGGUUGAGCAUUCAGAGUGGUGUGGAUGUGAGAGCGAGUAGAAGAUGGAUGGAGGUUUGUGUUGGAAAGUGGGAGUGAUGGUUAUUUUCGGGCUUUGGCAGUGAGAGAUUUGCCGCACUUGAAGUAAGUGUAGUGGUUGUCGAUUCGGUAGCCUCUACGGAAUAUAUUGCAAAAAAUGAUUCUGCAUCGUCUUUAUCAAUGAUCGCUUGAGAGACCAUCGUUCACUACCUAGUAUGUUGAAGACAGCCUCAUUUUGCAAAGGCUUUAUCUCGCAUGAAUCCUUGACAUGCGCAUAGAGAUUGCGCCCUUGAAUAACUCAGCCCGAGGUGAAUUACUAGUAAAAAUAUAUCCAGGUCAAU